AUGGAGAUUCGGUUAAUUCUGCUUUUGUUCUCGCUAAUUGCGUGCGGAUUAGCUGAGCCAAUUGUGUAUUCCGCGAGGCUGGUGCACAGAUUCUCGGACGAAGCGAGGGCACACGCCGGAGUUAGGGUUUCGAAAAAUGGAGCUGGAGCGGGUGGCGGUCCGUGGCCGCAGCGGCGGAGUUUGGAGUAUUACCGGCGGCUGUUGAGCAGCGAUGUCCAGCGGCAGACGCUUAAGCUGAACCCUCAGUAUCAAUUUCUCUAUCCGUCCGCGGGCAGCGGCACAUUGCCUCUGGGGAAUGACUUUGGAUGGCUAAAUUAUAUGUGGAUUGCCUUAGGCACACCAAAAGUCUUAUUUCUUGUGGCGUUGGAUACUGGAAGUGAUCUAUCUUGGGUUCCAUGUGAUUGUGUUCAAUGCGCACCAUUAUCCUCUAGUUACUAUGGCAGUCUGGAUCAAGAUCUUAACGAGUACAAUCCUUCUAGCUCCAGCACCAGCAAAACUCUCUCCUGCAGUCAUCACUUGUGUAAUAUGGGCCCUGAAUGUCUGAAUCCUAAGCAGCAAUGUUCAUAUACGGUCAACUAUUAUUCAGAUGAUACCUCAACUUCUGGAUUCCUGGUUCAAGAUGUUCUUCAUCUUCUUCCCGGCCAUUCUGAUGGGUUGAACAAAUCUGUUAGAGCUCCAGUCGUUAUUGGGUGUGGUAGUAAACAAACCGGUGGUUACCUGAGUGGAGUUGCACCUGACGGUCUAUUGGGUCUGGGACUCGGAGAAAUUUCUGUCCCAAGUUUUCUUGCCAAAGCAGGAUAUAUUAAGAACUCAUUUUCUCUGUGUUUUAAUGAAGAUGAUUCUGGGAGGCUUUUAUUUGGGGACCAGGGAGUAGGUGGCCAAGAAACUACUCCAUUUUUGCCAUUUAAUGGAAAAAAUUCAACUUAUAUUGUUGGAGUGGAUGCAUGCUGCAUUGGGAGUACAUGUCUUAAUGAGACGAAUGUCGAAAUGCUUGUUGAUAGUGGAACGUCAUUUACCUUUCUUCCAGAUCAAAUCUACCAAAGAGUGGUUGAGGAGCUUGACAGACAAGUUAAUGCUUCAAAAUCUACCUUCAAAGGCUACCCAUGGCAAUAUUGCUACAAGUCGAGUUCCCUUGAGGUGUCAAAUGUUGUUCCUUCAUUCACUCUCAAGUUUGCAUCAGCUAAAGGUUUUGUCAUCAAGAAUCCUGUUUUUGAUAUUUACGGAACUCAGGGUGCAGUUGGAUUUUGUUUAGCAAUACAACCAACAAAAGAGAUCGUUGGGACUAUUGGACAGAACUUCAUGACGGGGUAUCAGAUUGUAUUUGAUAGGGAAAAUUUAAGGCUGGGCUGGUCCCGUUCAAAUUGCCACGAUCUGAAUAAUGGGUUGCCACUAAAUGCAUCGAGUAGCAGCAACUCUCCUAAUUCACUGCCUUCAACCGAGCAACAGAGUGGGCCUAACAGCCACGCAGUUUCGCCUGCAGUUGCCGAGAGGACACCCUCCAAAUCCUCAAUCACAUGCCCCUCAUAUUUGGUGAACUUCUUCCUGUUGCUUUUCAUAAAUAUAUUGCCUUUUGAAGUUUUCAUGUAA